AUUCCUUUAUCUUAAAACCGCACCGCAAACCGGGGGAGCAUUUAUUGAUGAUUUCAUAGAUGGCAGAGGAAGUGUUAUUAGCAGAAGAUGGGAAAUGUGUGGAGUCUCUCACCAAGUCGCUGCUGGCCGUGGCUUUCCUGGCCUCGUUCGGUAGCUCCAUGCUCUAUGGCUACAACCUGGCCGUCGUCAACUCUCCUGCACAGUACAUCAAGGCAUUCUAUAACCAGACGAUGGUAGCGAGGAAUGGGACGGGUCUGGACGACAAGAAGCUUACGUUGUUCUACUCCCUCACCGUGUCUGUGUUUGCCAUCGGGGGUAUGGUGGGCAGCCUCAUGGUGGGCAUACUAGUCACCAGAUUUGGAAGGAAAGGGACCCUGGUGAGAAUCACAUGUCUGGUGUUCAUAGCUGGAGCCUUCAUGGGCUUCAGCAGGACCUUCGGCUCUCCAGAGAUGAUCAUUGUUGGACGCUUCAUCACAGGGGUACACUCAGGUAUCUCUCUGAGUGUGGUGCCAAUGUAUCUUGGAGAGAUAGCACCUAAGAACCUGCGAGGCUUCCUGGGCCUCGUGCCUAGCAUCUUUAUCUGUCUAGGAGUCUUCAUCGCUCAGAUCCUGGGGCUACAUGAACUACUCGGAAAGGAAGAGCACUGGCCCCUCUUCCUGUCUCUGGUGGUGAUCCCCACCAUGUUCCAGCUGAUGCUGUUGCCGUGGUUCCCAGAGAGCCCGCGGUACUUGCUCAUAGAGAAGAGGAACGUCCACGCCACCAUCACAGCUCUGAAGUGGUACCGGUCCAAAGCAAACAUCCAGGCGGAGAUCGAGGAGAUGCAGGAGGAGCAGCGGUCCAUGUCCUCGGUCCAGACCGUGUCGGUCAUCGGCCUGCUGAAGGACCGGAGUGUCCGAUGGCAGGUCAUCACUAUAGUGGUGGUCAAUAUCGGCAUGCAGCUGUCCGGUAUCGACGCGAUCUGGUUCUAUACCAACGCCAUCUUUGAGAACGCAGGUAUCCCAGUCCCUCAGAUCCAGUACACCACGGUUGGAACCGGAGCCAUUGAGGUUAUCGCUGGAUGCGUAGGGUGCUUCAUCAUUGAACGGCUGGGCAGAAGACCUCUGAUGAUUGGUGGAUUUACCUUCAUGGGAAUUUGCUGUGCAGGGAUCACGCUCUCCCUCAUGUUCCAGUCCCACUACAUCAGUGUUGCCUGUGUGGUGGGGAUCAUCGCUGGCUUCUGUAUAGGACCAGCUGGAGUACCCUUCCUGAUUACAGCAGAGCUGUUUAAACAGUCCCAUCGUCCAGCUGCCUACACCGUGGCAGGAUGCCUCAACUGGCUGUCCAACUUCACCAUCGGCUUUGUCUUCCCCUUCCUACAGAUGUCGGCAGGGGCCUACUGCUACCUGGUGUUCUUUGGCGUGUGCAUGGCGGUGGCGGCCUACGUUUUCUUCAUCGUCCCCGAGACCAAGAACAAGACAUUUGUGGAGAUCAGCCAGAUGUUCGCAGCCAGGAACGGCAUGCUGGAGGAGGAGAGCAGCGAGCUGUGCGUCGCUAACAACCUCAAACUAGCCAAGAUGAACGGCUAUGGUGCCGUUGACCUGGAGUACGGAGUGAUAGAGAAGAAGAAGUAGACGCCUGUGUGAGUCUACCACCCCUUAUGCUGCUGCUUCCAUCUGCACACACAGCCCCUGCAGAAGGGCCCGCGAACCCCCGACUGGGGCCACAAUGGAUACGUGUUGUCAAGCGACUGCCUGAGUCUCUCAACAGAGAAAAAGAGAGGAGUAGCUGAGGAAAUACCACAUCUGCUUUGUUUGGGAUUUGAAAGUAGAACUCAAUGUCAUGGUUUUCAGAAUGUGUCAUUCUGAAUUGGAGGUGGCCCUAAGGUCAGAGGUGAGAGCAAGGUCAUUGGUGAUGUGUGUUAAAAUAUAGAUUGAUGGUAGUUUUGUUGCUGGCUGGAGGCAAAUUAACUGAUUGUGUUUACACAACGUUAUUGUCAUUUAAAAGGUAUUUUGUCAUGGAGAGCAAAGUAUAUACUGUACAAAAUGACACACACACACACACACACACACACACACAAACACACUGACCAACACACACACGCACAAACACACAAAUCAAAACACUACACGCACAUUCCUGUACUUUUCUCCACGUCUCAUCACUCCUUUCCCCCCUUGUUGUCUCCAGUCCACACCACAGAUGAAUUAACGCUUGCUUCUAGAACAAUGCAUCUAAUUCCUAGCCCGCCCUUCCCUCCUCGCUCUCCUCACCCUCCUCGCCGCAUCCCUAUUGGCUGUUACUGGCUGCCAGCCCGGCCCACCUGCC